AUGGCUGACCUUCUUGAAUUUUUGUUGCAUAUUAUCAAUUCAUCAACAAAAGGACAGUCUUCUAAUUCCCUAGCCAAAUCUCAACUUUGUAGUUCCUAUGACCUUUUAUCUUUCGCAAGCCACAAGGUACUAAUCAAAAAUAUCUUCCCACAAACAAUUCUACUCAAUACAAAGCCUUCACAGCCUCGAGCAGCAUCAAAAAACAAGAAUUAUUCUUCUUCAUUAUUUACAUUCAUUCAACACAACUUAACAAAUGGAGUGGCUUCUCUUUCACAAGCAGCAGAGCUCGUAAAUGAUGUGUCUAGCUCCCAAUCCUCGUCACAAUCUAGAACUCGGAAAAGAAUACAAUCAUCAUCCAAAUGGAUUCUUCUGUUGAAAUUAGUGUCUGGGCUGUUGGUAGCAGGUCUCUCAACCACAGUCAUUUACAAAAUCUAUCAACAAGUGAAGCUUACCAGAGAAUUUAUAGAAUCAAGUGCUGAAGAUCACGAAAUUUCCAAAAAUUCAAAAUCAGAGAUUUCGCUAAUGAAACCUAAAAUUGUGUGGACUCCGAAAACUGUCAACAUUGAAUCUCUGUCAAUGAUGAAACAGCAAAAUCAACUACAUGACCGCAAAGUUGUUAACAUUCUCGUGCUUUUUGGUACCGAGUUCGGAUUUAGUAAGCAAGUGGCAACAAAAGUUUGUGAGAUGAUUGUGGACAAGCUUAACAGGUUACAAACCUCGAGCUUUCUUUACGUACCUCGAUUAUUAGACGUGAAAUAUUUCAAAAUAAUUGAUUGGAGCAAGGAAACUUGCGUUAUUACUGUUUGCUCAACAUAUGGUGAAGGAGUUCCACCAAAUAGCGCUCUCUCUUUUUUUGAGCAUUUACAAGCGAUGAAGCAGCAUGAAAUUGUCACGAGUAACAAGCUAUUCUAUUCUGUGUUGGCUCUUGGAGACAAGAGCUAUUCACAUUUUUGUAGAGCGGGAAAAACUCUAGAUUCUUUGUUUGAGAGCAAAUUCUUAAAUGGUAUUCGGUUAUUGGAACGAGUAGAUGUCGAUAGAGAUGAUUGGAGAGUAAUUAACAAGUGGAUUUCUAAUUUAUUGACACGGUUGCAAGAGGAAAAUCUCAUGUUUAAUGCUGACGAGUUCAUAGAUUAUCUUCAACAAGAUUCGGUAAAAUUACCAGAAGCUACAGAGUCAAACUUUGAUCGAACAAAUCCUUUCUAUGCCACUAUCAUUGAAAAAAGGCAAUUAUGCAACGACACCUCAGAUCAAAAUGACAUUCGAGAAUGUAUCCAUUUCUGUUUGGAUCUAUCCUCGUCAAUUAUUCCUGCACCAACCACAAGCGAAAAGUCUCAAAGUGCUCAGCAGUUACUGAAAUACUUACCUGGAGACGCGUUAGGUGUGCUCCCAGAAAACGAUCCACACCUUGUUGACAUUCUUGUUAAGUAUCUAGGGUUAUAUUUCACAAGUGAACAUUCUGUCUCCAACGUUCCUCUUGUGAAAACUCCAAGCAAUUACUAUUCACCAAAUGACAAAUCAAAAAUAGAUAUUGCUGAAGAGCAUAUCUUAUCAGCCAUGCCUGAAUAUAUUACUCUCAAAGAUGCUUUAACUAGGUUCUACGAUUUGAAAAAUGUUAAUAUUGCACUCAUCAGACUUCUUUGGGAGAAACAAAAUUUUACUGGACUGGAGUGUGUUAAAUCAAAAUUGGAAUGUAUUUUGCAGGACGAGUCUGUAUGUGCCCAUUAUUUACAAGAACGAUGGCUACAGGAUGUAUUGGAAGACUAUCUUGUCCCUCUCAUUUUUGAUAGAGAGAACAAACAGUGGAGCAAGCUUAACACCGUUUCCAUUCAAGACGUUUUGGAACAUUUAAAAUUAUUACUUCCCCGAUACUAUUCAAUUAGCUCGUCUUCGAGUCUUACUAGUAAUGAGACGGCAUCCGUCACUGUCUCAAUUGUCUCAUAUAAGUCGGCCAACAAUAAGACACGUCAUGGAGUAGCCACUCAUUUUCUCAAACGAGCCAAUCAGAUUCCAGUAUUUAUUUCCCCAAACACUACUUUCAAACUACCUCAAGAUACUAGAGUGCCCAUCAUCAUGGUUGGCCCUGGUACUGGAAUUGCACCAUUCAAGGGAUUUAUUGAGGAACGACUAUUCACAAAAUCGACAGGAAGAAAUUUACUAUUCUAUGGAUGUAGGGAUAGAAACAAAGAUUUCUUGUAUCGCAAGGAAUUGGAGAAGUGGAGCGAACAGGGAGAUAUCGAACUGUACGUUGCCUUUUCACGUGAAAAUCCCUCAAAAAAGGUAUAUGUGCAAGACCUGUUAUUGGAACAUUCAUUAUCAAUUUAUGAAUUGUUAACCAGAGACAAUGCAUAUUUUUAUAUUUGUGGAGAUGGAUCUUCAAUGUGUCCUUCUGUGUUGACCACAUUGAGAAGUAUUUUCUUGAAUUAUCAUCCUCAAUGCAAGUCAAUAGAAGACGCUAGCCACCAAGUAGAGCUAUUGGAAUCUGAACGACGAUUAUGCAAAGAUGUUUGGUAA